AUGGAAGAGGUGCCUGGAGGUUCCUCAUUUGGAUUGAGGAGUCGGCUGGCUCGGGCGUCUUCCUCCCGUGAGGUUGAGGAGGAGGAGGUGGAGGAACAUCAGAAGGAGGUGGAGGCACCUGAGGAGGAGGGGGUGCCCGAGGUGAAGGCACCUGAGAACGACGUGGAUGUUCAGGACGAUGAGCAGGAGGGCUACCUGGGAGGGCCUUCAGACACAUCUCUGUUGAUAUACUACCAUGACCACAUCGCUCAACGUGUUUGGGAGAGAGAGGAAAGGCCGACCAUAAAAUCCGUGAACCUUUCGUGGAAAAUAUUUAAUCUCUUUAUUCCACAGGCUCAGUGGUUUAACAAUGUUGUAGUUGCUUCCGGUCUUGGCGGGUUAUACAUGACUGGAUAUAGUACCAUAAGCCACGACAUGCAGGGGAAAUAUGCCAAAAGGUGGAACAAGGAGACAUCGUCUUUCCACUUUCCUAUCGGGGGGUUGACGAUCACCAUCUAUGAUGUUGCAUGCAUGCUCCCAUUUAUGGCCGAGAGGGAGUGCAGUGUAACGAAUGGGGCACAUAUCCAGUUCUCCAGCCUGAGAGAGCUUUACGAGAACCAUUUGGUCGCGGAAGCUGAGACCGAGGAGGAGGGCGACGCUUUAUUUGUUGAGUAUCACCGAGCUUACGCUUUGCGGUGUUGGUUCAUGUUCUUGGUUGGCACGGUGCUUUUUAUGGACAAAAGUGCCACCAACGUGGACAUGACAUAUCUCUAG